AUGGCUGAUUUAGACGGAUUACCACCAGUGGACCCAACUACGGGAGAAAUUAUCAUCAACCCAUUAAAAGAAGAUGGUACUGCCAAGACGGUAAAGGAAAUUGAAAAGGAAAAGAAGAAAGCUGAAAAAUUAUUGAAAUUUGCUGCCAAGCAAGCAAAGAAGAAGGAAGCUGCCGCCAAUAACGCUAACAAUGCUUCCAAAAAGGCCAAGAAACCAAAGAAAGAAGUCGAACCAAUUCCUGAAUUCGUCGAUAAGACUGUCCCAGGUGAAAAGAAAGUACUUGUCUCUCUGGACGAUCCAUCUUUGAAAGCUUAUAAUCCUGCUAAUGUAGAAAGUUCUUGGUACGAUUGGUGGGUUAAGUCUGGAUUCUUUGAGCCAGAAUUCACUGAAGAUGGGAAGAUCAAACCAGAAGGUUUGUUCUGUAUUCCUGCCCCUCCACCAAAUGUUACAGGUGCUUUACAUAUCGGACAUGCUUUGACUAUUUCUAUUCAAGAUACUUUGAUUAGAUAUAACAGAAUGAAGGGGAAGACUGUGUUGUUCUUGCCAGGUUUCGAUCAUGCUGGUAUCGCUACGCAGUCCGUUGUUGAAAAACAAAUGUGGGCCAAGGAAAAGAAAACUAGACAUGAUUAUGGUAGAACUGACUUUGUUAACAAAGUUUGGGAAUGGAAAGAAGAAUAUCAUAACAGAAUUAAGAACCAAAUUCAAAACUUGGGUGCCUCUUACGAUUGGACUCGUGAAGCUUUCACGUUGGAUCCAAAAUUAACUAAUUCCGUUGUCGAAGCUUUCGUUAGAUUACAUGAUGAUGGUACCAUUUACCGUGCUGCUAGAUUAGUUAAUUGGUCUGUAAAGUUGAACACUGCCAUUUCUAAUUUGGAAGUUGAAAAUAAAGAUGUUAAAGGUAGAACUCUAUUAAGUGUUCCAGGUUAUGAUGAAAAGGUCGAAUUUGGUGUCUUAACUUCUUUUGCUUACCCAGUUGCUGACUCUGAAACUGAUGAAAAAUUAAUCAUUGCUACUACCAGACCAGAAACUUUGUUCGGUGAUACUGCUAUUGCCGUUCAUCCAGAUGAUGCUCGUUACACCCAUUUACACGGUAAAUUUGUUCAACAUCCAUUCUUACCAAGAAAGAUUCCAAUUAUCUUAGACAAAGAAGCUGUUGAUAUGGAAUUCGGUACUGGUGCUGUUAAGAUUACUCCAGCUCAUGACCAAAACGAUUACAACACUGGUAAACGUCAUAAUUUGGAAUUCAUUAACAUCUUGACUGAUGACGGUUUAUUGAAUGAAAAUUGUGGUCCAGAAUGGGAGGGUAUGAAAAGAUUCGACGCUAGAAAGAAGGUCAUUGAAGAAUUAAAGAAGAAGGGUUUGUACAUUGGUCAAGAAGACAAUGAAAUGACCAUUCCAACAUGUUCUAGAUCGGGUGAUAUUAUUGAACCAUUAUUGAAACCACAAUGGUGGGUUGCUCAAGGUGACAUGGCCAAGGAAGCUAUCAAGGCUGUUAGAAAUGGUGAUAUUACCAUUACUCCAAGGUCUUCUGAAGCUGAAUAUUUCCAUUGGUUAGAAAAUAUCCAAGAUUGGUGUAUUUCCAGACAAUUAUGGUGGGGUCACCGUUGUCCAGUUUACUUCAUCAAGGUUGAAGGCCAAGAAAAUGAUCCAAAUGAUGGCUCUUACUGGGUUGCUGGUAGAAAUAUUGAAGAAGCUCAAAAAAAGGCUAAUGCUAAAUUCCCAGAUACCAAAUUCACUCUGGAACAAGAUGAGGAUGUCUUAGAUACUUGGUUCUCAUCAGGCCUAUGGCCAUUUUCCACUUUAGGAUGGCCAGAAAAGACUAAAGAUAUGGAAAACUUCUAUCCAUUCUCAAUGUUAGAAACUGGUUGGGAUAUCUUAUUCUUCUGGGUCAGUAGAAUGAUUUUGUUAGGUCUCAAAUUAACUGGUUCCAUUCCAUUCAAAGAAGUUUUCUGUCACUCUUUAGUUCGUGAUGCUCAAGGCCGGAAGAUGUCUAAAUCCUUAGGUAAUGUUGUCGAUCCAUUGGAUGUUAUAUCUGGUAUCAAAUUGGAUGAUUUACAUGCUAAAUUAUUAUCAGGUAAUUUGGACCCAAGAGAAGUAGAAAAGGCUAAGUUAGGUCAAAAGGAAUCAUACCCUAACGGUAUUCCUCAAUGUGGUACAGAUGCUAUGAGAUUUGCUUUAUGCGCUUACACGACUGGUGGUCGUGAUAUCAAUUUAGAUAUUUUACGUGUUGAAGGUUACAGAAAGUUCUGUAACAAGAUUUACCAAGCUACUAAAUUUGCCUUAAUGAGAUUAGGUGACGAUUACCAACCACCUGCUCAAGAAGGUUUAUCUGGUAAGGAAUCCUUAGUUGAAAAAUGGAUUUUACAUAAAUUAACCACUACAGCCAAGUCAGUCAAUUCUGAUCUUGAUAAACGUGAUUUCUUAAACUCCACCAGUGCGAUCUAUGAAUUCUGGUACAUGGUUUGUGAUGUUUACAUCGAAAACUCGAAAUAUUUAAUUCAAGAAGGUACUCCUGAAGAACAAAAAUCUACUAAGGAUACUUUAUACACUUUGAUAGAUAAUGCGUUAAGAUUAAUCCAUCCAUUUAUGCCAUUCGUCUCUGAAGAAAUGUGGCAACGUCUUCCAAAACGUUCCUCUGAAAAGGCUAUUACUAUUGUCAAGGCAUCAUACCCUGUUUACAUCAAAGAAUAUGACAACGAAGACGCUGUUAAUGCUUAUGAACUAGUUUUGGAUGUUACCAAGGAAGCACGUUCUUUACUAGCUGAAUUCAAUAUUCUAAAGAAUGGUGAAGUCUUUAUUGAAUCGAACGAUGAAAAAUCCUUCGAAACCACUACUUCUCAAAAGGACUCCAUUGUUUCUAUGAUCAAGGCCAUCAAUAAGGUUACUGUCGUUCACAAGAGCUCUGAAAUUCCAGAAGGUUGUGUCUUGAAAGCUGUUAAUCCAGAUGUCAAUGUUCAUUUAUUGGUUAAAGGCCAUGUUGAUAUUGAUGCUGAAAUUACUAAAGCUGGAAAGAAAUUGGAAAAGGCUAUUAAAUCCAAACAGAAUCUAGAGCAAACUAUGAACCGUAAGGAUUACGAAAGUAAAGCUAAUGUUCAAGCCAAAGAAGCCAACAAGGUCAAACUAGACAACAGUGUCGCUGAGAUCGAAGGUUUAGAAGCUACUAUUGAAAACUUGAAGCGUUUGAAAUUAUAG